AGAUCAACAUUCUGAGUAGUGGACUGCAACGAGUAGCAAACUCAAUCAUGGAGUUAGUUAGUGCAGUCACCUUCUUCCUUUCCAUCUACCUCUCUUGCCUUGCCAUCAUAAUAACUAAGCGGAAACUGUCGCAGAAGGGAAGGCUUCCUCCGGGUCCCACUCCGCUUCCUAUAAUUGGGAAUUUCCUACAGAUCAAGUCAUCGGAAAUGUUAAAAUCUCUUCUCAAGCUGCGUGAAAAAUAUGGUCCCGUGUUCACCGUCUAUUUUGGAUCUCGUCCAAUUGUGGUCUUAUGUGGACACCAAGCUGUGAAGGAGGCCCUCGUAGACAAGGCAGAAGAAUUCAGUGGAAGAGUAACCAACCCUACUCUGGAACGGAGCUUUGAUGGAUAUGGGCUGGUCUUUGCCAAUGGAGAGCGUUGGAGGCAAAUGCGCCGAUUCUCGCUCACCGUCUUGAGGGACUUUGGAAUGGGGAAAAAGUCCAUUCAAGAGCGGAUCCAGGAAGAGGCCCAGUUCCUACUGGAGGAGUUUCGGAAGACAAAGGAGAAGCCAUUUGAUCCCACCUACUUUCUCAGCCAGGCCGUAUCCAACAUCAUUUGCUCCAUCGUUUUUGGGGACCGUUUUGACUAUGAGGACAAGGAAUUCCAGUCGCUCAUGGAGAUGAUGAACAACAGCUUCCGAGAAACAAGCACGGCCCGGGCCCAGAUCUAUGACAUGUAUGUCAACAUCCUCAAGUAUUUCCCAGGGACCCAGACCAAAUUCUAUGACAUCCUGGAAGAUAUGAAACGCUUACUUGCCAAGAAAAUACAGAAGAAUAAAGAGACCUUUGACCCCGACUUCCCACGAGACUUUAUCGAUUGCUUCCUCAUCCAGAUGGAAAAGGAGAAAGACAAGCCAUCCAGUGAAUUUAACGACACGAACUUAUUGAUCACAACCCUUAACCUCUUCUUUGCUGGAACAGAGACAGUCAGCUCUACCUUGAGAUACGGAUUCCUAUUUCUGAUGAAAUAUCCUGAGGUUCAAGCAAAAGUGCAUGAAGAAAUUGACCGAGUGAUUGGACGGAACCGUGUCCCAAACAUCGAGGACCGGACCCAGAUGCCAUAUACGGAUGCUGUCAUCCAUGAAAUACAGAGAUUCAGUGAUCUGAUUCCCAUGGAUUUGGCCCAUAUGGUUAUUCGUGACACUGAAUUCAGAGGAUACAUGAUUCCCAAGGGAACUGAAAUCUAUCCUGUGCUCAGCAGUGUCCUUCAUGACCCCACAAUGUUCAAAAAGCCUUUUACUUUCAGCCCAGAGAACUUUCUGGAUGAAAAUGGACGCUUCAAGAAGAACGAAGCCUUUGUCCCAUUCUCCUCAGGGAAACGGAUCUGUGCGGGUGAAGCAUUGGCCCGAAUGGAGCUAUUCCUCUUCUUCACCACCAUCUUGCAGAGUUUUGAGCUGAAGCCCCUCAUUCCCCCAGAAGACAUUGACACAACUCCUCAGGAAAUCGGCUUUGCCACUAUCCCACCUUUGUACCAGCUCUCCAUCAUCGCACGCUAACCCAUAGGUCACACUGCCCAUGGCCAUUGCUCUCUUACAAACACUGGAUUCCACAAUUCCAUCAGCAGAGACCUUUCAUUCUGUUUUCUGGCUCACUUGCAGUUUGUUUGCUUUUAAAGUUGGCAUCGACAGAUUAGGGCUUGUUCAAAUGGAGUGUUCUUGACAAUCUUAGAUGGAGAGGGAAGAAGCUCAUGGUUCAUUCCAGAGUAUUAUAUAUGCUUUUAUAUCAGCCAAAGGAAUGUGGUCCAAUCUUCUUUGUUUUUGUAUCUGUACUUAAGGAGUGUGUAAGCCUUGAGAUUGCCUUGAAAGAUAAAAUAUAACAAGGCAUCAAGCGUUUGAAUUUUGGGUUCAGCUUUAUCAUAUAAUUUUGGCAUCAGGCUUGUCAUAAAAUGUGGUGCCAUCUUUUCUAUUUUUCUAUCUAUACCUAAUUAAAAAAAAA